AUGUCGCAAGACUCUCACAUUUGUGUGUACAAUUUCGUCACCGACAGAGUUUCAUUCAUCGAUAAUCUAAGGAAUGGUGGUCAUCCGGGAAGUGAAUACGAAAUACUUUUAAACAAUUGGGAUUGGAUCAUUGCUUUGCACAUCGCGUGCAGAACCUCCAAAAGUAACGCACUAAGGAAAGCGUAUGAAUCGGCAAUUGCGAAAUUGUUCCCGUUUCAGAUAAUAAGGUCCCAUCUCGAAUUUUACAUCAUGGGCAUGACAAUAUUUCCCACGUAUAUUGUCUCAAUACCCGUUUUGUGUUCUGUACGUGUAACGGAACGUUGUUUUGAUUCGCGUUUAUGGAAUGGCAUACCAUUUGUUCCUUAUAAGAUAAAGGGUCGAUUUCAAUUUCCAAUUUCCUUACUUGUACAAAAGCUUAAUAAGCAAAUCUCAACGUGCGGGAAACCUAUAAUUCGAAGUGUUAUGUGCGGCAUCUUUGCGGUUUUCAAUUAUUCCGGCGAUAUCAAGGCCUUCCGCCCAAGAGCCUUGUUGCUUUCCAGAAAAUUGAGACAUCGGGGUCCUGACUGGAGUGGUUGCAAAAUUCUAGGGGAUCACAUUCUUUGUCAUGAACGAUUGGCUAUUGUUGGUCUCGAUACCGGAGCACAGCCUUUAUACAAUGAUGAGGAGACGAUAUUUCUUUCUGUAAACGGUGAAAUUUACAACCACAAGAUUUUGGAAAAACAAUUAAAAAGAAAUCCUCAUUUCCGAACCCAUUCAGAUUGCGAGGUCAUCCUUCACCUGUACGAGGAAAUAGGAGAGGACGUCGUCAACCAUCUCGAUGGGAUGUUUUCAUUUGUCCUCCUUGAUACACGUAAAAAUCGAUUUAUCGCCGCACGCGAUCCUAUCGGUAUCACCACUCUAUAUCAGGGAUGGUCAUCUUCGUCUCCAGGGACCAUUUACUUUUCUUCAGAACUAAAAGCACUCAACGAGGAGUGUGACAAAGUAAUUGCAUUCCCACCAGGUCAUAUAUAUGACUCAGUGACCGGACAAACAACAAGGUAUUAUCAACCUAAAUGGUGGAAUGAAGAUCUAAUACCAACGACACCUAUCGACUACACGUUACUAAGAGAAACUCUGGAAAAAUCGGUUCGCAAGAGGUUGAUGAGUGACGUACCAUACGGUGUCUUACUUAGUGGAGGUCUGGACUCCAGUUUGAUCGCGUCUAUCGCAUCUAGGGAAGCAAAAAAAUUGAGCCUAGGAAUACCUAACGGGAGAACAAAUGGCGAUCUAGACGAUCAGAUGACCCGAAUUCAUUCGUUCUCAAUCGGGCUUCCCGGAUCCCCGGACCUGAUAGCUGCACGUUCAGUUGCCGAAUUUCUCAAAACACUUCAUCAUGAAUACACCUUCACGAUUCAAGAGGGUCUCGACGCGGUGCAUGAUAUCAUCCAUCAUUUGGAAACUUACGAUGUCACAACCAUCAGGGCUAGCACCCCGAUGUAUUUACUAUCGAGAAAGAUUAAGGCCAUGGGUGUUAAGAUGGUAUUGAGUGGCGAGGGAAGCGAUGAAAUCUUCGGAGGUUACCUAUAUUUCCAUGCCGCACCGUCUGCCAAGGACUUCCACAAAGAGACGGUGUCUCGUGUAAAAAAUCUUCACACGGCCGAUUGCUUGCGUGCCAACAAGUCGACAAUGGCUUGGGGCCUUGAGGCAAGGGUUCCAUUCCUUGAUAAAGACUUCCUUGACGUGGUCAUGACCAUUGAUCCUGAAGAGAAGAUGUUCAAAGACGGGAGGAUGGAAAAGUAUAUCCUUCGUAAAGCCUUUGAUGUCUCGACGACUGCCGAUCCGAAUCCAUAUCUUCCCGACUCUAUACUUUGGCGUCAGAAAGAACAAUUUUCCGACGGUGUAGGGUAUGGUUGGAUCGACUCUCUUAAAGAGGCCGCGGAAAAUCAUGUCACCGACGAACAGAUGGCAACGGCGGCUCAACGUUGGCCCAAAGAUACUCCUCGUACUAAAGAAGCCUAUUGGUAUAGGGAACAAUUUGACAGUUGGUUCCCGCAAGAAGCAUGUACCUCUAGUGUUGAAUUGUGGAUUCCAAGGAAAGACUGGGGUUGCCCCGAAGAUCCAUCCGGCCGUGCCCAACUUGUUCACAAUGCUGCAUAUUCAAAAGAUCAGUGA